UAGUGAAAGGCCCAAACUGCUGUUUAAGAAAAAAAGCCCCAAACUUGCAACCCUAAUUAGUAUCGUGAAGUUUCAUUCAGUCUUUGUAUGUUCAUCUGGAUCGAAGAAGUUGUCUAAGUCGUUUGGAGAUUCUUUUUAUUGAGAUUUUUAUGGGGUUGCUCUUGUGUUCGAUUAUGAACGAUGCAGUUAAUUUGUUCAAAGUUGAAUAUGAGGAUUGGAUUCGAAACUGGGUGUUAAGAUUCAAGCAUCAGUUUCUAAGUUGCAGGAUGGAAAUUUUGACCUCGAGGUUGGCUUUGUUUAUAAGAUAUCAUCUUUUAAGGUGAUUCCAAAUGAUCGUCAUGUUCGUCUUACGAACAACAGAUUCAGGCUAUUAUUCAAUGUUGAAACAAACAUUUUUCUAUCUGGAGAUCCUUCAAUACCUCGUGAAGCAUGGUCCUUUGUUGACUCAGCAGAAAUAGAAAGAUCUAUGGGAACUUUCCCACACUUGAUUGAUUUUAUGGGGUUGUUGACUGCUGUGUCAACUGUUAGGCGUAUUAUUGUCCAAGGAAGGGUUUACAAGAUGAUAGUUAUGCAAAUUGUGGAUCCAACUGGUUUGGUUCGUUGUUUGCUGCUUGGUGAAAUGGUUGAUUUAUUGAUGAUGGAGCUGUCUUCAAACUGGAUCAAUCGGCCCAUUGUCAUUCUUCAGUAUUUCCGAGCCAAAUAUAUUCGGGGUGGAAUUAUUCUUCAAAACGUUCCUCAUUUUUCAAGUCUAUAUAUUAACACUAGUUUUGAGGCUGUGUCUUCAUUUUCCCGCAGGUUGAUUGCAUAAGGUAUUAAGAUUGAUUUGGCUGUUGAGUGUAUUUCUAAAACUCGUCCCCAGGCUAAUAUGAGGGAUGAUAUGCUGAAUAUGCAUCCGAGGAGAACCAUAGCGCAGCUUAAUGAAUCCAACGAGGUUAAUUCGAAAUUGUUGUAUAUAUUUAUUAAUGUCAAAGAAUGUUGUCUCUAUUACGCAUGCUGGUAUUCUUGGAGUUUUUAGAGAUCAACCUUGGACGUAUCCUUCAUGUAUAUGUCAUGAGGAAUUGGUUGUGCGUAGAGGUGUUUAUGAGUGUGUUAAAUGCGACCGCUUUUUUUACAAGAUGAUUAGAAGGUAUCGUCUGAAACUGGAAGUCUUUGAUGGUGGAAAUAAGGCUGUAUUUUUCCUUAAUGAUGCCCAAGUGAAGGAUGUGCUUAAUAUGCUCCCUGCUGAUAUUUUUAGUCCAUUGGAUCUUGAUCUUGAUUCUGAGUAUCCUGUUGAAGUUGAGAGACAAGUUGUUGGUAGGGAUAUGUUGUUCAAAGUAUCUAAGGUUCCUGGUUUGACAUUUAUUGGUUAUCCUUGCUAUGAGGUUAUGCGAGUCUGCUCUGAUCCUGAAAUUACCUCAGUCUUCUUAUCUGAGGUAAAUGAAGUUGUUGGGGAUCAAUUUGUACAAGCUGAAGUAUCUGUUUCAAAGAGGGUGAAAAGGAAAUUGAAGUUGGGCACUAAUGGUAGCACUGAUAAUAUAGAUGUGAAGUUAGGGAAGGUUGAAGGAAAUGUUUUGAGGAAGUUAGAAUUUGGUUCCGAUGAUGUGUCGAGUUGUGAGGAUGGAAUGAUUUUUGAAAUCAAUCGUCUCGAGGCACUUAAAAUCUCUGAUGGUUUUUUUGGUAUUUCUGGAUCUGAAUUUGAGACUUCUCUGUCAUCAACUUCUGGGAGCAAGGUUCAGGAUAUGGUGUGAGAUGAAAAUGAAGAUUCUGAGUUGUAGAUGUUCAGUAGUUGGCUGUGGUUGAUGUUUGUUUUGGAUCAAGACAUGAUUUUAAUUGACUCUUAGCUGUUAUCGUGACGGAUGACACUCUUUUGUGUUUAUAUGGUGUCAUUCAUCUAUGCUUUUUUUUUUUAAUUAACUAAGUGGCUCACGUAUAAGUCUUUUGUUAGAACCACAUUUUGUUGUGCUUAAAUGGAAGUUAGCAUGUGGGUUGUAGCAUUUUGAGUAAUGUAAUGUUUAAACAUUGUGGCUAAGUCUGUUCACUAUCAGUAUGAGUGGUUUUUGUUUCAUGGUGCA